AUUAGUGCUUAGGUAUUUUUUGGAAACUAAAUCUGGGAUUUGUAGUUUCAGUUAACAUUAUAUUUUUAGCGGAAAACUUCCAGUUAGCCUGUCUGCUUAAAAGUAUACAAUACACCAGAAAUUACAUACUGGGUUAUGUUAUGAGUGAGAAUCUUACUGAUAAAUAUCUGUUGGUCACCUAAAACAUCAUCGACAUGCAAGAAAUAUUACAACAGUCUGAUAUUGCUUACGAAUCGUUAUCACCAACUGUUUUACAAGCGCAAAACAAGGGUCUUGGUAUUUUCACAGCAGCUGUUUUUAUAGUUGGAACUAUAUGCGGAACAGGAGUGCAAACUAUUCCACAAGCUAUUGUAUAUUGCGGAUACAUUGGGCCGGUUAUUGUUGUAGCGUGUGGGGUGUUGUCAUGUUAUACUGGUACUCUGCUUGGGAGGUGCUGGACUAUACUUCGGACACGAUACCCAGAGUAUGAGAGUGAAAGAAUCACAGACCCGUAUCCAACCAUAGCUUAUCGAGCUGGUGGAAAGGUUGCGGAAAUUGCAACAAGAGUCUGCAUUGACAUCACAUUAUUUGGAUCAGACACGGUCUUCAUGUUGCUGAUAUCGGAAAACCUCUCAAACCUAAUUACUAACCUCGGACAUCAUCAGUUUUCGAUAUGCUACCUCAUGUUGAUAAUCACUGCAGUCAUAACCCCACUUACUUGGUUUGGAACACCAAAAGAUUUCUGGCAAGGCGGAAUAAUAGGAGCCGUCACUAGCAUUGUGGCUUCGUUUUUCAUAUUAGGAAGUUUGAUUACAGCAAUCCCUGAUAAUCCAAAUCCUCAACAUGCAGAUCCUCAGUGGUCCUUAUUCUUUAGCGCCCUGGGUACGAUACUAUAUGCAUACAGUGGGGCAAGCUGUUUCCCGACUAUUCAAGUGGACAUGAAAGAGCCCAACAAGUUUCCAGUUUCCGCUGUCUUGGGAAUCAUAACCGUGAUGCUGGUUUAUCUUUUGGUCGGGAUACCAGGAUUUGUGAUUCUUGGGGAUGACAUGGAUGCAAACGUACUCAAUGCUCUACCGGCUGGAUGGAUAUUAUACACCGUUAAUAUUUUAAUCACAUCUCAUCUAAUUUUUGCUUAUCUCAUCAACAAUAAUCCCGUUUGUCAAGAGAUUGAAGGCUUUCUAAAGAUACCGGACAGGUUUGGUUGGAAGAGAAUAUUGGUUCGAACGCUUCUUGCAUUAGCGGCAAUGUUUAUAGGUUUGACUGUUCCUCACUUCGAUAUAAUACUGUCAAUUUUGGGUGGAUCGACUAUUGCCUUGACAAAUUUUAUUUUCCCGCCUCUAUUCUAUCUCCUGCUGUCAAGACAGAGAACGCCCUCACAGGCGUACGGAGCUCUUCCAUCAUAUAUCCCAAACCCAAGAGAUUACGCUUCUGAUUCGAGCUCAAUAGGGACUCAUAUACAAAGUAAAGAAGAAGAUUGUCAACAUCCUCGUUGGAUGCAAAUAAACCUGGAGCUGCAUGUCAAAGUUCUUUUGAUAGAAAUUAUUAUGAUUGGUGCAUUUGGUGGAGCUUCGUCUACGUACUUUUCUUUUGCUUCUGUAUUCAACGGUCAAUCCGAGUUCACAGUUCCAUGUUUUGUUAACAUGAGCGUUGGAAUCUAGAUAUUUUGAACUAGUUAUAUUCAACAUCAACGACACGGAUCGAAAUGUACGUUUCUGUUGCUGGGCAGUCGCUGCGUCUGCAUUCAGUGCAGUACUUUGAGUAAUAUGAAAUUUCUAUUAAUAAUAUUAUUUCUCAGUUUCAUUUUUUGUUUUUAUUUUAACCUUCUGACGACCGGGAACUUUCCAAGUUUCUGAGGUAAUGCUUAUUAUUAGUAUUAUAUUGACAUUAUUUCCAUUUGUGCAACAAUGAUAAUUGAUACUCUUGAUCCAGUAAACAAUUGCAUAAUACAAUUUUCAAUGAAUUCUACUUUUUAGCGCCCUCUGAAUAUCCGUCCAUUUCAACAGAAAGUUGGGUCAAAAUGCCACUCUGACGUAGUGCCUCUUCAAUGGCAUUUCUGAAAUUUCCCUUAGACAACUAAAUUCCAAGCUAUCAUCAAAUUUUGUUUUGUGUGUCGUGAAAAAUAUUUUAAAGAAAUUAUCACAACAAUUCUUGAUAUUCUUUCUGUGUGAGCGUAGGC